CACCCCUCACUUGGCCUCAUUCCUCUUCUUUCUUUUCUACUAGCUAGUUCACUCUUUCACUCAAAAACUUAAGCUUUUGCCUUCGGGAAUCCAACUCCAGCUGAGUAAUCGAGACUAUCUGCUUUAAUACUACUUUAAGAAGUCUGUAAGAAAACACAUCAAAAUGUUAACAAUAUCAAGAAAAUACAUGGAAUUUAAUGGAAUGAGGCUGCCAGCAGUCAUACAUAAUGAAGAAAGCUUAACCUAUGCAUGGAAAGAGUUUCAAACACGCGAUGAUGAUGUUAUUAAUAUAACAUAUCCCAAAUCAGGCACUACCUGGAUACAAGAAAUUCUAAGUCUCGUUUACAGCAAUGGUGACCCAACACCAGUAACAACAGAGUUAAGCUGGGACCGUGUUCCAUGGAUUGAACAGCAUCAGGCCCGAAGCAAGCUUGAGAACAGACCCUCUCCUCGCCUUAUUACAACUCAUCUCCCUGUACAGUUCUUUCCAGAAAGUUUCUUUAAAACAAAUGCUAAGGCAAUUUGCACAAUCAGAAAUCCCAAAGAUGUUUGUGUUUCUCUGUACCACUUCUCUUUGAUGGUUGAGUUCAUGGAAAUUAGGGAAAACUUCCAAGAAUUUGUGAAAUAUUUUUUAAGCAAUGAAGCACUUUUUUGUGGCUGGUUUGAACAUGUUAAGGGCUGGUUGAAGCACAAGGACAACCCUAACAUUUUGUUUUUGUCAUAUGAGGACAUGUUAAAGGAUCCAAGAGGCAAUGUUGUAAAAAUUUGCAAGUUUCUUGGAAAGGAUUUGGAUGAUGCAGCCAUAGAUUCCGUGGUGACGCAUUCUUCUUUCAAAGCCAUGAAGGAAAACCCCAUGUCCAAUUACAGUGCCGUGCCUGAUUAUCUAUUUAACAAACAACAAGGCACAUUUCACAGAAAAGGUGUCUCCGGGGACUGGAAGAAUCACUUUACACCUGAACAAGAAGAAGAGUUUAACAGGAUUUACCAAGAGCUUAUGAAAGAUAUCAACCUUGACUUUUCAUAAAAAAGAGAAAUUUAAGACAUUAUUCAUUACAUUUUAUCACUGCACCAGCAUUUCUUGACAUAUUAUUCCAAAAAUGUCACCUUUUGGAUUGUCUGCUAUUUUGUUAUAUUUCAUAAACCAGUAUGUGAUGUUAUAAUUAAUAAAAAUGUAAACCAAAUACCA